GCCCCCACCCUGUACCGGGAAACUCACUUAAACCAGCUUGUGUGACGUUCAACAAUUCAGCGGGUUGUGGACUGAACGCGGCACAGACAGGGAUUCAGCCUUAGCUGAAGUGAACUAGAGAUAGAGUUAUAGUAACGUCUGUGAUCACUGAGGUCAAAAAGAGAGUAAUGAUUAAGUUUUGCUGUGAUGUUUUGUUCCUGGGAUGCAGUCAUUAGAUAAACCGCAGUGUUGUGUCUGGAGGUGGUGUCCUGUAUCCGCUGCAGGUGUAAACUGAAUCCUGAAGUGUUUGAGUGGUUCAGGGUUUAGAUUAGACACGGGGUCCUGGUUUCAGAUGUCCCGUUCAGACAAGGUUGACCCGGGUUUAGCUCACUUAAAGCGAGAAGCGUUUCUAUAACGUGAGGAACUCGAGUUAUCAAUCCGUUACACCAAACUGAGUUCAAAGCGAAGGCGCCAAGAUGCCGGAAGCUGGAACAGAUAUGAACAUGGACCGACUCUUUGAGCUGAAAACCUCGGCUUCCAUAGGCACGGAAAACAUCCCACCUCCAUCUUUGUCCAGUGGCCCGUCGGGGGACAUCCUUCGCAACUUUUACCACACCAAAAGAGUUGGAAAUUACCUCAUCGGCAGGAAGCUGGGAGAAGGCUCCUUCGCCAAAGUGCGUGAGGGGCUGCACGCGCUCACCGGAGAGAAGGUGGCAGUGAAAGUAAUCGACAAAAGAAAGGCUAAGAAGGACUCGUAUGUUACCAAAAACCUGCGCAGAGAGGGUCAGAUCCAGCAGAUGAUUCGCCACCCCAACAUCACGCAACUGCUAGACAUUCUGGAGACUGAAAACAGUUACUAUCUUGUGAUGGAGCUCUGCCCAGGAGGAAACCUAAUGAAUCACAUCUACGAGAAGAAACGACUCGAUGAGAGGGAGGCACAGAAAUAUGUCCGCCAGCUAGUCAUGGCUGUGGAGCACCUGCACAGGGCUGGGGUAGUACACAGAGACCUAAAGAUUGAAAAUCUUUUGCUAGAUGAACAAGACAACAUAAAGCUCAUAGAUUUUGGACUUAGCAACUGUGCAGGAAUCCUGGGAUAUUCUGACCCUUUUAGCACACAGUGUGGCAGUCCAGCCUAUGCCGCCCCUGAGCUGCUCUCAAGGAAGAAGUAUGGGCCCAAAGUAGACGUCUGGUCUAUUGGCGUCAACAUGUAUGCCAUGCUCACUGGCACCCUUCCAUUCACGGUGGAGCCUUUUAACCUCAAAGCAUUGCACCAGAGAAUGGUGGACAAGGACAUGAACCCUCUGCCUCCUUCACUGUCGUCAGCUGCAGUUAGUUUACUGAAGAGCCUUUUGGAACCAGACCCUGCCAAGAGACCCAACAUCCAUCAAGUUAUGGGUGAUUCAUGGCUACAGCUGGGCAACCCACACACUGGAAUCCCUUACUUAAACAGGAUCCAUAUUGAGGAGAUCAACCACACGGUUCUUCUGCAUAUGACUGAACGAAUGGGCUACAAGCACAGUGAAGUCCUUAGCGCUGUGCUUACUAACCGGGCCUGUCACACUCUUGCCGUCUACUUCCUCCUUAACAAGAAAAUGAAAAGACUCUCCAAAGAGUACAGAGAAAAGCAGUACACUAUGGAAAAGGAGAAAAAGAGUGAACUAUUCCAGACACAGUGGAGGAAACACAUUGAGAAGAUCACCAUUCCCCCAAAGCAGACACCAGUCUAUUUGGCUGUGAGCAAAGGCCCCACCAAAGAAAAGAAACAGAAAACAGGGCUUCUUAAAGCGAUGACUGGCCUGAAGGACGCUUACUCGCGACAAGGUGGCUGCAUUGCCUCCUCCUCCUUAGAGUACCUAGAAAUCCAUCCGCUGUUUCCACAGACAUCUCAAGGAGGACGGCACCUUGAUGCCCAGCCCCCCAAGAAAGACGGCCCGAAAGCCAUGGACGUGCCUGCGCGGCCUCCCUCGUCUCUGGGUGCACAUUCCUGGGCAUCAGCAAGCAAAGAGCCUAGCAAAGAUGAUCCACCAUCACCCUGGUACAAGCUCACCAAUGGAGCUCUCUCACCACCACGGCAUGUUUCUGCUUUCCACCAGCCAGACAGCUCCUACCUCAAAAAGGCCACCAUCCCUAGUGUCCCAGUGUUCACUGUAAAACCCCAGCCCAAGAAUAGUCCCCCCAGCACAGAGUGGCACAGCAAACCUGAGUUGAGCGGCAAUGGGGGCAGCAAUGGGGGCAGCAGUGGGCGUAGCAAUGGGGGCAGCAGUGGGCGUAGCAAUGGUGGCAGCAACAGUGGGGGCAGCAGCAGCGGAGGCAGCAGUGGCAGCAGCAAUGAGGAGCCCAGUAGCCCUCAGCACCGUGCUAAGUUUCCCUCCAUGGGCAUUGGACAGAUUUUGAAGAAGAAAGUUCAACCGUUUGCCUUUCCAGCACCUCUGUUCAGGCCUGAGCCAGCCAUAGAGGUUGAGUCUCCGACUCCAUACCACAUGCAGACACUACUGUGUGCCUCUGGUGCACUCAAAACUCUGUGCUGAUGACGAAGGCACAUCUGAACUAUCUUAUGAACUUUAAAUGCAGUGUUUGCUGUUUCACCACUAGAUCUUAAUUUCUGUCCUGUUCUGAAGUACACACACUUUUAAAACAGGAAGCUGUAUGCAGUAAACUGAUAUUAGCUACCACUUAUUUUUAUUCCGUUCGAAGCACCAGGGCUUCCAAUGUGGUGGGGUAAUCGAACUUGAAUCCUCUGGGGAAUGAGCUGUCCUUGAUAUGCACAGAUAGAUGCCUGUUGUUGCCUGGGCACACCCCAACUCCGAGCACUGUGUUAUUAAUUACCUCUAAUGUGGCACACUGGUCACAAACUAGAAUGCUAAUUGUAAUAUUUUCAUUUUACUGCAAACACCAUUUGAGGAUCAUAUAAAGACUUUCAUUAAACCACAUAUUUUUUCAAUGGGGCGCACAAUGUCUUAGUGGUUAGCAUGUUCGAAUCACACCUCCAGGGUUGGGGGUUUGAUUCCUGCCGCUGCCCUGUGUGUGCAGAGUGUGCAUGUUCUCCCUGUGCUGCGGGGGUUUCCCCCCCAGUCCAAAGACAUGCAUGGUAGGCUGAUCGGCAUGUCCAAAGUGUCCGUAGUGUAUGAAUCGGUGUGUGAAUGUGUAUGUGAUUGUGCCCUGCGAUAGAUUGGUACCUCGCCUUGUGCCUGAUGUUCCCUGGGAUAGGCUCCAGGUUCCCUGCGACCCUGUAGAAUAAGCAGUAUAGAAAAUGGAUGGAUGGCUGGAUGGAUGGAUUUUUUUCAAUAGAAGAUGCUGAAUCACUGCCAUUUCACUAUGUACCUCAGAGCACCUGGGAAGCAAAUCAUCCUGAGAUGAGCCUACUUAGUGGCAUGAGUGAAGCUGUUGCUGCAUUUCCACCUCACAAGUUACAGACACUCAGGUCAACUUCACAGAAAAGAAUAUCUCCCCUUAGUCUUGCUGUGAAUUACUGUCACCACUAGCUUUUUGCCUACCUUGAAAGAGAUUGCUGAACUUUGUAUAGCCUUAAAUACCAUGUGUUAAAGCCCUCUGGUCAAAAUAAGGCCAUUCAGAAGUAUUGUUACAUUGUGUAGCCUGUGUGUUAUCAGUCUAAAUACAUACAUGCAUUUUUGGGGAGGGAGUCGGGUUUCAUCAUGUUACCCAUCAUGUCGAGUGACGUAGUAGACCGUGCAAUUGUGCAAUUUUUUGUACCCAGUGUUAAUCAUCUACAUGCUUUAACUCUGUUCAUUGAACAGUUCUGUCCCUGUGAUGUGAGAACCACUUGUAAAUAUGAACUCAAUGUGUCUUUCAUGUUGUGAGUACAUUGAUACCUUCACUCAUUGCACAUUACUGUAGUUGAGGUAAAAAGCUUUCAAAGUGUUUACUUGAACAGAAGGCAAUGAACUGUUUGUUAACUAACUUUUUCUAACAUGAAAUUCCUCUUUGCAUGCGAAAGGACAUUGUUCCAAUGAUUUGUAGGCUGUUGGAUGUGGUUUUGUUACAGUGAGCAAUGAACCUGAAGUCUUUUGAAUUUUGAGGAUCUUUUUGUAAACUUUAUAACAAGUUGUGCUUUAAGUGAGAAAAGAUUUUUAUUCUGUAAAAAAAAAAAAAAGAUUUUUAAUAUUUAUAUUUUAAAAACAAGUAUUUGUGCUCCGUUUUCCUUUUGCACUAAAUCCACACUUCUUUUAUGACAUAUCUUACACAAUAAAACUGAUUUGAC